GAAAAAGCUCCUAUUUUUAUCCUCAUUUUUCAAAGAUUCUCUUCAAAAUUGAAUGUUGUUUCAUGUUUUUGUAAACCCACAUGGACAAAGUAGUUUUUGGUGUCAGUUAAGGUAUAGGUAGGUCGAAUAAGUAUUGGUGAAAGUGAUUAGACAGUAGAUGAAACAUCUUGUACUUAUGGAGUACAUGAACAUAGAUAGAAGAAUUUGGAGGUCGUGGAUUAGGAUGAAGUUUUUAGUUGAUAGUUGAGUAUGCAGGAUAGGCUUGGUGAUUAGUACUGUUCUUAUAGUUUCUUGUUCAUCAAUUUCGGCUGUCAGUUUUUUGUGCUUUGAUUAUUGUAUUAUUUCGUUGUUGUUAGUGUUCUUUCUUUUUUCUAUUGUGUAAUGCUUUCCAUUUCGCAUUAUUUCGUUGUUGUUAUCGCUCCCAUAAUUGUGUCCCCAAUCUCAAAUUGUAUGGCAUGCUUUAGGUAAGCUGAUGGUAAGGCCUAUGCUACUAGAGUAAGCAAAAAGUAGGUUGAGGUUAGGACAUCACUUAGUCGAACAAGAAAAUUAUAAAAGGGAGGUGAAGCUACUUAGUAAGGUUAGCUGGUUAAGGAAAGGUCAGGUUAUGAAAUUGAUUAGCUGUUUAAUAAUUGAAAAACGGAAGUAGUAGUAAGGCGUUUGUAUGGAGUUGCAUCAGCUGUGGAUAUAGAUUAGGCUAAGGGACGGACUUCAUCUUCAUUUACACCUUACACUUCAGCUGAGUCUGAUGAGGCUCAGGUGCGGAGCCUUCCACUGUGGACCGAGACUACUAUUAGAAACAACCUUCCUGUCUCUUUGAAGUAAGGUAAGGUCUAUGUACACUCUACACUCUAUCCUCCCCAGACACCAGUUAUGUGAUUACACAAGGUAUGUUGUUGUUGUUUAGCAUCUUCAGCAUUUUCUCUGAUUCCUCAAAUAGCAACUACAGCAAAUUGAAGUACAUAAUGUCAAGUUCAGUAACUGAAGCAUGUAACAACUCAGCUCUACUUCUUGGCCCUCGUGGUUGCGGAAAAGUUGCGAUUUUAGAGAUGGUUAUCAAGGAUUUACUGCAAGAAUAUCCAGACACUAUCUGUGUGAUUAAACUGAAUGGACUAUUGCAUAGCGAGGACAAUUGUGCGUUGAAGGAAAUUGCAAGGCAAUUAUGUAUAGAAAAUCAAUUGGUUUUCUCAAAGAUGGCAUCAUUUGAUGAUAACUCCCAGUUUGUGAUAGCCAUGUUAAGGGAGUGUGGAUUGGCACAUAAAACAAUUAUCUUUGUGUUGGAUGAAUUUGACCUUUUUACCCAGGGUAAACAACGAUUACUCUAUAGCUUGCUAGAUGCAAUGCAGUCUGUAACUUCGCAAGCUGUUGUCGUUGGUGUGAGUUGCAGAUUGGAUGCUGAUCAACUCUUAGAGAAGAGAGUAAGGUCUCGUUUCUCGCAUAGAAAGCUGUUGUUCCUACCCCCUUCACAGGAAGACUUGCAAAAAAUUUUGCAGCAUGCUUUACUACUGCCAACAGAAUCAAGCCUUUCUCCUCAAUACGUGGCUGCUUAUAACAAAAAGCUUCUUAAUACUUUGUCGGAUGACAAAUUCAAAGACAUCAUUGAUUCAUUAUGCAAUUUUGAUGCAACCUUUAACCAUCUAUUGAGAUUUCUGUUUGCGUCUGUGAGCCAUAUGGAUACAAAAUCUGGAUUUUUGUCACUUGAUAACUUUAAAACAUCCCUAUCAAGUAUUCAACGGCAACCCAAGUUGGAAGCCUUGCAAGAUUGCACCAUUUUAGAGCUAUAUAUACUUGUCUGCUUGAGGAGGUUGGAAGGCAAAGAGCAAGAGACUACUAACUUCAAUUCAGUAAUGAAAGAGUACAAAGACGUACAUAAUUCGUUCCAAACAUCAGACUAUUAUGCACGGAAUGUAUGCCUCCGGGCAUUUGAACAUCUUUUACAACGCCAAUUGAUCUCCUUGGUUGACAACAGAGGGCACAGCCAAUCUCUUGAGUUUCGUCCGGUGAAGCUUUUGAUCUCAUCACAUGAAUUACAUCAGGGACUGAAAGCAUACCGUUCCUGUCCAGCAAUUCUUCAUAAACUACUUGGCCUUACAGUGUGAAAUCAAAGCCCCAUAUGUUGUAUUAUUUUAUCAGAUUUUUUUAUUUUGUUGUGAAAUUAGAGUAAUUUCAAUAUAAAAGAAUUAUACAAUUUCCAUAAUGUGCCAAAAAUUGCAAUAAAUUAGUUAUUAAUUUAAAUUUUUUCAUUGAA